UAUUGAAAGUGAAAUGUCACAGCUCACAAUGAUUGGACAAUUUAGAAUGGGAUAAAUUUUUUUUCUCCUUAAAGGAGCAGCGAGAGCAAUCCAUAAUUUAUUCUCUGGGAGUGAUUCUUUUUAAUGCCGGCAUUGACAAGGAGUGUGUGAUACGAUGACAGCGAUGAUGAGGGAAAUGAUUCCUUGUUUGGUGGUCUUUGGAUUUAUCAUGCUGAUGUACACCAGUGCUGUGUCUAGCAUGGAACCUAUACCUACUUUGCCAUUAAAAAUACCUUUGGAUAGCAUGAAAGAUAAAGCUAAUGCAUUUGGUGAGGAAGUAAAAAUGCUGACCCAGAACUUGACCAAUUACAACACUUAUUCUGACAUGGCCCGAAAACACCUGACAGUGCCUAAGAACUUGAAUCCCCAGGAUCUGGUAGAUAAGUUCGCCAGGGAGAUAGAGGAACUUCUAGAGUCAAAGGUCAAGGCUGUUGAGAAACUGGUGAUUGCUGCAGAAAAUGCCAAGAAGGACCAUGAAUAUAGGAAAAAUUUGCAGCUGGAGUAUGUUAACAACAAAAAAGUUCUGAGUCAGGAAGAUCUGAAGAAUAUUCCCAUGGCCAUGAGUUCAGAUAUAUAUGCAAUGAUCAACUUAACUAGUGAUCACCUGUUUAAUGAGGUCAAGGUCAAUCCUAAUUACAGCACCAUUCAUGUGCCAACCAAUGUUUAUGAUCAGGCCCCAGUGAUCCUGAAUGGCAUCAAGUGGUCAAAGAAGUUGGAUUCAAUAUUUAAAGAAAACAGGAAGGCGUUUUCGGACCUAAGGUGGCAGUACUUUUGUAAUGCAGAUGGUUUCCUGAGGAUUUACCCAGGUAUAAAAUGGCCUAUCAGGAAUGAGGAGGAUAGUGUAGAUAUGUACGACUGUAGGGUCAGGAGCUGGUAUAUUAAGGCAGCCAGCUCUUCUAAAAAUAUCGUAAUAUUGGUGGACACCAGUGGAAGUAUGAAGGGCCGGCGAAGAAUCAUAACAGGAAAAACCAUACAGAAACUUCUGGAAACUCUCAGUGAUGACGACCACUUCAACAUUAUCAGGUAUUCUGACAAGCCCGAGUACCUGGACAGCUGUUUUAAUGGGACACUGAUGCAGGCCAAUAUACAGAACAAACAAAGAGCUGUCAAACUCUUCAGGGAGUUAGAGAUGAAACAAAAAGGGGAGCUAAAUCUGGCACUUGAGGAGGCAUUUAAGCUCUUUGAAAAUAAUGAUGCCAAGACCCUAUGUAAUAAAGCCAUUAUGCUGAUCACGGAUGGACCAGCAGAAACAUACAGAGAAAUCUUUGACAAGCAUAAUUGGCCCAAUAAAACUGUGAGACUGUUCUCUUUUUUGGUCGGACGAGAAGUGAAGGAGAAUAGGUAUGCCAAGUGGAUGGCCUGUGCCAAUAAGGGAUACUACACCCACAUCUCGACACUAGCAGAUGUACAGGAGAGUGUUCAGUAUUAUCUACGUGUGUUGAGUCGGCCAAUGGGGAUAGCCAGUAAGGAGGGAAGUCUUCCCAGAAUCCCUAAGUGGACCCCAGUAUAUGCUGAUUAUUCUACGGAGGUGUCUCAGAAUUUAAGAAAGGGAGUUGGAUUGGUCACUUCUGUGUCUAUGCCAGUGUUUGACACCAGCAAUACAUCAACAAGUAAAGGAAGUUUGCUUGGUGUGAUGGGGACAGAUGUACCAAUCCAAGAAAUCAAAGACCUAGUGCCUAAAGACAAACUGGGAGCAAAUGCUUAUGCCUUUAUGUAUACCCACCAUGGAUAUGUGCUGUUUCAUCCCAAUAUGAAACCCAUGUACCAGAAAACAAUAAAAUAUGGCCAUAGGGAGGAACAUAAAAAGAAUGAAACAUCAGAACAUAAAAAAGAGUUUCGUCCCUUUUACAACACCAUUGAUAUAACAGAGAUGGAGUAUGCUGUCAAUCACACUGAUUUACAUAAAUUUCGACAAAAACUACUAAGUGCCUCAAACAGAAGGAAACCUAUCCGCCUUAAAGUGAAAGUGCCUUAUGACAGGAUGAACAGAGUGGAAGUUGUUGAUCAUUUAUAUUAUACUGCCUCCAUAAAGGGAACUCCUUUCAAAAUCGCCCUUGCCUUGCCAUCAUAUAGUACCAAACUCAUGCUUAAGAAAUUUGACAGUGUCUGUGCUAAAGUUGGAAAUAAACAAAAAGAAUAUGAAUUUGCACCUUGGCGUUACUGUGGGAACAAUGAGAGUUUACAAGCUACAGGUCUGGACAGAAAACUGAAGAUACUUGACCUCUAUAAAUGUGUGGACGGGAAAGGCAAAUGUCAAGACCAGGACAGCAUUUUAUACAGUGACCUUCUGAUUCACCAUGAUAUGAUGAAGUAUAAAAUCGCUGAUCAAUCGGACUACAGAUUUAAAAUCGCUAAUGCCCUGCAGACAGGGAGUGAGUACUCCUAUGGACAUGAUUAUAAGAAGUUCUAUGACAAAAUGGGUGUCGAAUUACUGUUUUUUGCAACCAGAGGUGGUUUAACUGACUUUGUGGUAACUAAGUCACCCCAAAUUAGCCCAUAUUGGAUGGGGAACAGAACAGAAACAGUACAGGAGCUAUAUUACAGACAGGCCAUCAUGAAUAAAGAGGAAAAGAAAAUAGACUUUACAUUCUCCAUACCCCUCAAUGAAGAGUACAGUGAAGGUGAAUCUGACCUGACAAUUCUGUCCACCAUACCAGUGUAUGUAAAUGAUGCUAAUGUUGCUGUGGCUGGAAUGCUGCAGAAUUUCACUUCCUUCACAGACAUCCUUAAAAAACAUCUCUUUUUUAAUGACUGCCGAAGUCCAGAGUGUUUUUCAUGUGAAUAUCUAUGGCCAUUAACCUGCUACCUUUUGGAUGAAAAUGGAUAUAUUUUGUAUGGAAUGGAUGGGGUUUCAAAGUUUCUUGGAGAUACAACAAAUGAUAUGGGGUUAAUGGCUAAGCUAAUUGCAGAUGGAGUUUUUAUCAGGGAGAGCUACACAGAUUUUCAAGCAGAGUGUAAGGAAAAUUAUGAUGAAGAAACUGAGGACGAGUCUAGUUCUGCUACACUCAUAUUCAGUCCAUUAAAGAAACUUGUGAAUAUUCUACUUUGGUCAUUUAUGGAAAUUAUAAUGACUGUGUCCCAGAUUGGACUGAGUGGCUGGUUUUAUUCUGAAAAAGCAUCAGCUGCCCCGGUUGCUGAUAAUACGUGCAUGUUUCUGGGGCCGAAUAUAACAUUCGAAAGCAUGGACCCAAAUUUUAAGGAAUUUGCUCUGAAGUUUUAUUGUCGCAAAGAACCUCAAGAUAUCCAGUUAGUGCCUUGUCAUAUGACUAAAAGAGCUUAUCGAGCCAACUUCAGAGUGUUCAGGAAGCGUAAUAAAAGAACAGGUGAAGGGUUUGUCCUUGAUGGCGUCAUCAGAGGUUGUUCUCCCUCCAACUGUACCAGGAGUUAUGCAGUGGUCUGGAUUAAGGACACUAAUAUGAUGCUGGUGGCUGUUGAAAAUCAGGGUUGUAACUGUACUGGGGUUACAGAUGAAGUAGCGACCAUGAAAGGAAGUCCAAUCAUUUAUAUCCUUUGCUCAAAUUUCACAUGA